GUGAUGUUGUUUUAGGUGACGGGUAAGUGUGGCAGCGUGCUUGUGAGGUUGAUCCCUGCCCCACGCGGUACUGGUAUCGUGUCUGCGCCCGUGCCCAAGAAGCUGCUUCAUAUGGCCGGCAUAGAGGAUUGCUACACCUCGGCCAGGGGCAGCACAUCCACACUGGGAAACUUUGCAAAGGCAACAUACGAGGCAAUCGCUCGCACCUACAGCUACCUGACACCCGACUUGUGGAAGGAGACUGUUUUCACAAAGCCACCCUACCAGGAAUUUACUGACUAUCUGGCACAAACACACGCCAGGGUAGCAGCCGCAGCGGCAGCCGCGGCCGAACCAGAGACUAGGCCAUACUAAGACAUACCUAAGAUCAGCAGGCGUUGUGAACGCUUAAGACUCCGUGUUUGUUUUGGAAUGGAAGAAUGUGGAGGGGGCUGUUAAAAGGUGGCAUUUGAUUCACGUAAAAUUAUGGGACUUUCGGUUAAUAGUGCGACUCCUGUUCAGCUGUGAACCCAUUACAUACUUUGUAAUAAAUGGUCAUCCCAAACUUA